AUGGCUGGGAGUGCUGAUGCUGGCUCUGCAAGCACAGAGGCGCUCUCGAAGCCAGAAGCACCCACGGAGAGGAGGAAGGUAGCUCCGCGGACAACAGUGAAAAGACUCCCUUGGCUAGAUGGCAAGACGUCACGGGCCGUCUCGACAAAGCCUUCAGCCCGUCGGCAGAGCGAGGCAAAGACUCCAUCUCAAGGUACAUAUCCUUUUAAUCGCAGGCCUUCUACAGCUGUCGCACCAAAAUCUACCACAAAACCCACGCCACUAAUACGGAAGAAGCCAAUGGCUUCACCAAGCAAACGUCGGGUCUUGCCGCUGGACGGGAGCAGCCUAUCUGUAGCAACAGAAAAUCGACCGUCACAGAGUCGACGUGUCUCGCUUCCGCCGAAAAAGUCUCCCCCUUUGGGAGAUCCACCUCUUGCAUCAGUAUCUCGCGAACUAAAGAAGAGGCCCAAGAUCGUACAUUAUGACGAUGAAGAGCUCAACGAAAGCCCGCUAUACGACGAUCGUCGGCGUACAGAUAGCCUUGUCCCAGUUCCAGACCAGCUCGAAAGGUCUAUCACACCGGAUUCAAUCCGUAUACCUGCACAGCACUAUGUGGAAUCAACAACAACUCUGCCUGCGUUCGCUUCGCAUCUCCAGAUGCCCGCAACAAAAUUAGGACCCGGCCCUGGUGCUUUCGAUCGAAUCGAUGACCGAAGGACUAGCAACGCAGUUGAAGACCUAGAGAGCAUGGUACAAGAGGCUAUUGAGAUAGCUGAAGAUGCUCAUGAUCAAGAUCAAGUCGAAAAAAUCUAUGAAAUCAUUGUAGAUGCCAAGGAUGCGAUCCAAGAAGCAUCUGGCGACCCCACGAGAUAUUCGAUGAACACCACUUCACCGCUCCAAGCAUCUUCUGAAGAUGUGGAAGACGUGUCACAAUUAUUGGAAAAUGCAAAGGGGCUCAUGCAUCCUGAGGAACGUGUUAACUUACAAAGAGACUCUUCGUCAUUUGACUGGGCUUAUUCGCAGCGCAAGGAUCACCAAGUUGAUAAGUCUUCAACUUCGUCUCUCUCGUCUAGUGACCAGGGCGUGCGAGGUCGGACCAGAUUCGGCACACGAAGUGAUCUACUUCUUCCACCCCAGCCUUCUCGGACUUCUCCAAGGGAUCAUGUAGAUUUCGUUCUUCGUCCUGUAGCUCGAGAUCAGUCUCGUGGUCGAUCACGCCAGCGGCUUACCGGAGACUCAGUUAUACGACCACGCAGACGUCGGCAUCGCGGAAGCUUUGGAGUCGAAGUAAAGUCUAGAUCCGGACAUCGGCAGCACAGAUCGUCAGUCUUCAGCCAAGAUGAUACAUCUUUUGACGAAGAAGAUCUUCCUGCUAAAAUAUACGGAAACGAACUGAUCGUACAGGAACAGGCACAUCAUCAUAUGUUCAGUCUCCGCAGGCACCACCGCAGACAACCGAUCGCGAGAAACUGGUCCACGGGCAAGAAGCGUCUCACUGCCGUGAUUGCGUGUAUCAACACUGCUCUACUCGGCAUCAUCAUCGGCGUCUAUGCCGGCGAAGUACCUCGCAUUCAGUAUUAUUUGGCAGAUGAGCGCCAUAUCGUCAUCGUAGGCAAUGCUGUCCUUUACUUUGGGCUUGCUGUAUCAACCUUUGUUGUAUGGCCGUUAGCCCUGCUCCACGGACGCAAGCCUUAUGUGCUAGCCGCUCUGGCGCUCGCUCUACCUCUACAAUUUCCUCAAGCAAUCGUCGUCAGCGCCAAGCGGUCCCCUAACGACGCACGAUUUCGAACUGGACUGCUUUGCUCUCGUGCAGCUUUAGGCCUCGUUCUUGGGUUUGCAAAUGUGAAUUACAUCACAGUGCUUCUUGACCUUUUCGGCGCAUCCCUACAGAGCAAAAAUCCACAUCAAGAGUUUGUUGUUCCCAAUGAUGUACGGCGGCACGGUGGAGGGAUGGGAAUGUGGCUUGGUAUCUGGUCAUGGUGCUGGAUUGGUUCGCUCGCUAUUGGUUUCCAGGUCGGCGCUGCAAUCAUCGAUGGCUUGAGUCCAGAUUGGGGUUUCUAUGUCGUACUAAUUAUCAUCGCCGCCGCACUGGUUCUGAAUAUCCUCGCCCCAGAAACUCGUCGAGCCCCCUAUCGAAGGUCGGUAACGGAGGUGUAUGAUCGUGAUGAGAAUUAUAUCACUCGUCGCGUAUCGCGCGGUGAGUGCAAACUCCAUAUCUCGACCGAAGGCCCGAAGUACUGGUUUGAAGAGGUGUGGGCUGGGCUGAAGCUCAUGGUUAUGAUGAUGUGCCAGCCUGGAUUCCUCGUCCUCUCCCUCUACCUUGGCUGGAUCUACACACAGAUCGUCUUAGUCAUUGUUCUUCUAGGCGCUCUUCUCUCUCGAGAUUACAAAUGGCGGCCUCGCUUCGUCGGGGCAGGCGUGAUGUCCAUCGCCAUUGGUGCCUUUCUAGCCAUUCCACUGACGAAAGCCGGCAUAUUUUCUCGCGAGCGCAAGCGUGCAUUUCGAACUGAUAGCAUGACAUUCCAGAAACAAGUCACUUGGUCUUCCCAUCUUGUCCGUCGGGCUAUCUUCACGCUAACCCUCCCGCUGAUGGGCCUCGCAUACACUGUCUCUGCUGCCGGCAAGCCAAACCCAUAUAUGGUCCCCAUCAUCUUCGCAGGCGCUGUAGGCUUCUUUAGCAUCCUCGCUAUUGCCGAAUGUCAUGGGUUGAUGAUGGAAACAUUCGAUACGUGCGACUUGCAGCCUGGCACAAAUACGCGGCAUCGUCUCGUGUCCAUGGCUGUUCAGGAUCGGAGGAGGAGAACAAACUAUACUUCCUUUCCCCGCGUAACAGCGGGCAUCUUCGUCUCGCAAACCCUCGCUUUCAUUGGUGCAGGAGUGGCCACCAUAGUAGGCGGUUCCAUGACACGUCGCCUGGGUGCCCAAACAUCUACCGGCGUGACAGCAGGAAUCCUCUUUGGCCUCACUAUUCUUCUCACAGCGGUUCUUUUGCGCUUCAAGGAAGUACAGGUCAUCCCCAGCCACACGUUCGGUACCCGACGCGAUACGGCUGCAUGGGUGGAGUUCAAAGAAUUAGAGAAGAUGGGUAGAGGGGCAGACUGGAAGGCUGUGGUGAUUGGGAACCCGAGUGGCAAAAUGAGGAGGAUGAGUGUGCUUGAACUCGGAUCACUGAGCAGGUGGACAGAGAUCCGGAAAUUGAACUUUCUGCUCAAGGGGCCGCGGUUGGGGGAGGAGAAGCAGAAAAGGAGGAGCUUCAGGGACAGCUGGUGAACAACUACGAUGGAAGUCACGAGCAUACAAGGAUUCGAACUUUACAAAGGAGGCG